AUGAUCAUGACAUCCAAGCAUUUGACUCUAGAUAUCCCUUUGACGCAUGACUUGGCUGGACCUCUUAGAUCUCCAUAUCCACUAAACAAACCUAGUUUCAAUCCUACAAAUGCAACAGACGAUGAUGACUUGUCUAGACUAGAAGGGAAACAACUGAGACCACGAAGAGAAUUCCCUCAAAAUCAUCAACAGCCUUCUGAACCGAUGCCAAGGCUUACUGAAGCUCAAAAAAUUAUGGCUCUAAGUUAUAGAGACAGUCAAGACAAACGUAGUGCAGUCACCUUCUUAUACUUCGCUCUGGGCUGCGUAGGAAAAGUGACAUUCGGGUUUGGGGCAGCUAUGGCUGUUAAGGGAAAAAUUGGGGAAACACAAGAUGAUGGAACCUUUAAUACUGGUGUCAUUUUAGCAUCAGUAGGGGCUAUAGCUGUCAUAACCGCAGCUUUGGGGUUUGGAGCUGCUAUCACUCGCGUGCACCUUAAGAUAGGAUGGACAAUAAAAUCUCUUGCCAUCCUUGCUGGAACGCUUAUUGCUAUUGGCGAUGGAUUAGCUCAAUAUUAUUAUUCUAGUACUGAUAACACCGAGUCUAUAAGACUAUGUAUCUUUCCUCUUGUUAUUGGAACCAGUAUUUUGGCCAUCACACUGCCUAAUAUGGUAGCUUAUACUGAACUUUAUAGAGGCAGAUCAAUUGGAAUUCCUUCCGAGAAACGUUCAAUCUUUGCAUUGGCUUGCAUAGGUUGCGCAAAUGGUUCUUUUUUUGGGGGGUGGGUUACAGGGGAACACGCGCAAUGGCCAUCAAGUUUUAAUAUGGCUGUUGUCACUGUUGCUCUUGCAUCAAGUUAUUUAGGAGCCGCUAUUUUUUGGAGUGAUCAUAUUCGUGAACUUGCAAGUUCUUAUCAUGAACUAGACAGUGUAAUCAAGGGUUGUAAGGCCUACAAAUUGUUUGACAUCUUGUUGCAAGUGAUCUUGUCCUAUCUUGUCCAGAUGAUCAGCAGUAGCAAGGGUACUUGGAAAGACACAGGCUCUGCAUAUGAUCUACAUCCCACAAAGCUAAACAAGUCAGAUCCAGAACACAAAUAUGACAGCAAACCCACACAUCACAAGACGUGGGGGCCUGCCACUAUGCAUUUUUAA